AUGGUGGGGCCUUUCCAGCGCGAGGACUCGACGUUGAGCGACGAGUCGAAGCGGUUCCUCAACUCGCUGCCCUCGACGUUCAGCAGCCACUUCCGGAAACACCGCCACUUUCUGCCCGCGUGGACGGCGCACACGUACUGCCUCCGGAUCAAGUCGACGUUUCUGGUGUACCACCGCGCGAGUCGACCAGGAGGUCCGACGAGGUCCGCUUUCUGGCAGCAGCAGCAACACGCGCGCAAGUAUCUCGACCUGCAGCUCUGCACGGUGACGCUCCUGGACGUCGACCACUCGACGCACGGGUUCGUGAUCAGUCUCACGCUCGAGUCGAGCCGCACGCACCGCACGGUCUCUUUUGCCGCCGCCUCGGAGAAACACCGGGCGCAGUUUGCCGCACACAUUGCGGCCGUGCAACACCAGCGCCUGUCGCUGCGAGCGUUCACGACGCUCAAGUUGCUCGGUCGGGGCCACUAUGGCCGCGUGGUUUUGGCGUCGCGGGCAGCCGACCCGCAGCUGUACGCCAUCAAAGAGAUGAAGCUCGGCCCCGUCAAGACCAAAGUCGUGGUCGCCGAGCGCGCCGUCAUGGAGUGGGCCAGCGGCCACCCGUUCGUGCUCGGCCUCGAGUACGCGCUGGCCCGGGGCCGCUCGGUCUUCCUCGUGUCCAAGUUCAUGCAGGGGGGCGACCUCUUUGGGCACCUGCGCAAGCAGCGCGGCGGCCGGUUCCCUGAAGCCGCCGUGCGGUUCUACGCGGCCGAGUUACUGCUCGCGCUCGAGCACCUGCACCGGCUGCGGAUCGUGCACCGCGACGUCAAACCCGAGAACGUGCUGCUCGACAGCUGUGGCCACGUCAAGUUGGCCGACAUGGGGCUGGCAAAGCAAUUGGCAGGGGCCGCUGCUGCUGCUGCUGCAGGACGGACCACGACGGCGUGCGGGACGGACAUGUACCUGCCGCCCGAGAUGGCCGCCCGAGACGCCGCGGGCCACGGACUGGCGGUGGACCUGUGGCAGUGCGGCUGCCUCGUGUUUGAGCUCGCGACGGGGUCCCCGCCGUUCUUCCGGCCGCAGUCGAGUCGCAAGAGCUUACGCCAGCGCAUCCUAUACGCGCCCGUGCAGUACCCCGACGACAUGUCGCCCGAGCUCAAGAAUUUGGUGGCGGCAUUGCUGGAGAAGCGACAGGAAGACCGACUCGGCUACGACGGCGGCAUGCGAGACGUCUGCGCGCACGCGUUCUUUAAGGCCAUUGACUGGGACAGUGUCUACAGGCGGCAGCUCGAGCCGCCGCUGGUCCCCGGACCGCCCGGCGAAGAGCUCGUGGCGAACUUUGACGCGCACUUUACCGGUCAACCGCACACUAUCUACGCGCCCGACGCGAUCGCGAGCUGUUUGGCGCGCGACUUUGUCGGGUUUGACUACGUGCGACCUGCGCACGUGUUGUCGAAUGGGGCACUGGGGUCGAGUCGCACUGCGACAGCGUCGACGUUGUCGAGUCGCGCGAGCACUGUGAAGGACGUGCGGGACAGUAUGAUUGAGUGCAGCUAUGGACCGGUGGAUUGCGAGUAG